AUGCUGCACACCCUCGUGUUCGCCCUCUUGUGCCUGCCGUCCGCGGCACUCCGCUCGGCGCAACCUCAUUUGCGUCCGCAGCCGCGCUUCCAGCGCUCACGUUGUGCACAAGUUGUGCAAAGCGGUGGGGGUGAAAACAGCGGGGUCAGCGGUGGCGCGCUCGCCGAUUUCGACUGCGCCAGCCCCUCCACUCUUCCGACCAGCGCGCGUCUCGACGCCACGGUCGGGGUGUCCUCCGAACGAAGCGUGUCGCUCUCGCUCCUCGGGGGAGAGCAGCUCGGCGCAAGCUCGGGCGACGAUCCGUUCGGCGAGGCGGGCUCCGUCAAAGAGCUGAUCGUCAGUCUGCCCGCGCCCGAGUCCCCGCUCCUCCGGGACGGCCACGCCGCCACCGCCCCCGUCACCGAGCUGAUCGUCAGCCUGCCCGCGCCCGAGACCUACCUCCCUUGCCCCGCUCCCGCCGCCGAGAGCGAGGCGGAGGAGGCGGGGGAGGCAGCGGCCACCGUCCCAACGCUGCGGGGCAUCCUCAUGUUUGCCCUCCCCACCCUCGCCAUGAUGCUCUCCUCGCCCCUCCUCUCCCUCAUCGACACGUCGGUCGUGGGGCUCGCGUCGAGCACCAGUCAGCUCGCCGCCCUCGGGCCGGCGACCAAGGCGUGCGACCACCUCGAGUACCUCUGCUCGGCGCUGGGCGUCGCCACCACCGCACUCGGCGCGCGCACCGUCGCCGAGGGCCGCCCCGACGGCAUGCGGCGCGUGGUGGGCACCUCCCUCACCUCGGCCGUCGCGCUGGGGCUCGCGCUCGCCGCGGCGCUGCGCCUCGUCGCCGCGCCGCUGAUGCGGCUGAUGAUGGCGGGCGGGGCGGCCAACGGGGCCGCCUUUGGGGGCGCCGUUCA